AGUUUCGUUUACAAGACGCCGAAUUUCAGUUCUGCGUGGGUGUGCAGUACGCGCAGGAAACAGCGCGCUAAAGCGACUCCUUUUAUUAAGUUGCGAGCGGCGGAGCUCAGGUGAGCGCGCGGACGCGCAUGCCCGCCCACCUACCGACCGAAGGAAGCCUGGGCUAAACCUCCUCAGGUGCACGCGGAAGUGAGUGCUGCAUACUCGACAGUAUCUAAAAAGAUUUACUCGACGGGACAAAACCGAUCACGGUAUAUGAAUGUAUGGAACUGAACCCUCAGUCAUCAUGAGCGCCGCUGCUGACGAAGACGAGUGUCGCAUUGAGCUUGUGCCAAGGAGAGAACUGAAUUUUGCUUCUGGAAAUACCAAUGGCCUGCAGCCUCAUCCAAAUGAAUGUGACUAUGUUCUGGUAGGUAACACAAAGUGGAAAAAGCAGCAACAGACCUUUAUUGAAGCUCUGCGUGAAAAAGGCUUUUCAUUAACGGAAAUUGAAGAAUCUGACAAAUGCUUUUAUGGUAUUCGAGCUCCUGACAGCAUGCUAGAUACUUAUCAGUAUCUGAUGAAUGAUGAAAUUAUCUUUGAGAGGACCAGAAUUAGAGUUACUGAUUUUGUACUGAACAAAACUAUAGACUCUAAGAAAGAGAGACUGACUGACUUACUCAGGAAAAAUGUUUUUGAGACUGCCUUUCCUCUUCACCAGAAAACCCAACAAGAUCAUCUAACAGAAAAAUGGGCACGUUGGACAGCACUUUAUAAAUCCCAACCUAUUGACCUAGUGAAGAAUUAUUUGGGAGAGAAAGCAGCUCUUUAUUUUCUCUGGCUUGGUUGGUAUACAUAUAUGCUAAUACCAGCAGCAAUGGUAGGAAUUGUGGUCUUUCUUUAUGGACUUGCUUUCUUUGACAAGAGUCCUCUUAUUAAAGAAGUCUGUGAAGCAAAUACCACAAUUAUGUGUCCACUGUGUGAUACACAUUGCUCCUUCUGGAAGCUGUCUGACACAUGCAUGUAUGCUAAGGUUACCAAUCUUUUUGAUAAUGAAGGAACAGUAUUCUUCGCCAUAUUCAUGGCAUUGUGGGCAACAAUAUUUCUAGAGCUGUGGAAAAGACACAGAGCUCGGGAAGCUUGUCAUUGGAAACUUUACAACUGGGAUAAGGAAGAGGAGGAUCUUGUUCUUGAAAUAGUCAACAAUCCACAGGUCAUGCCUGAAAAAUUCCAGCAUUCUUACAUUUCUAGUAUCAUUGUCAUGUUUCUUGUUUCUGUCAUGAUUGUUAUUUUCAUUGGCCUAUCCUUGGGUCUUGUGGUGUUUCGAGUUUUUGCAACAGUAGUGCUGUCAGAGAGUGAAUGGAAGCCUCUAAAAGAAAAUGCCAACACUGUAGCUGUCAUGUUAGGGGCAGUGGUACACUACUUGACCAUUACUAUUAUGACAAAGGUGAACAGAUGGGUAGCUAUCUUUCUAUGUAAAAUAGAGAGGAAUCCUUUCUUUGAAGAUAAGGAAUGCAGCUUUACUGUGAAGAUGUUUACUUUCCAAUUCUUCACCCUGUUUUCAUCCUUGUUCUAUGUGGCUUUUUUUCUUGGAAGGAUUAAUGGUCAUCCCAAAGAAUAUGUAAAGAUUGCUCAGCAGUGGCGGCUGGAAGAGUGCCAUCCCAGUGGAUGUAUGACUGAUCUCUUUAUCCAGAUGGCAAUCAUUAUGAUUCUGAAACAAACUCUCAGCAAUAUUGUGGAGUUUUUAUCACCCUGGGUGAAAAUGAAAUUUAAUUCUAUUAAGUAUCAUUCAGAGAAAAACAAAGAUGGAGAGAUAGAUAACUGGCUACGAAAUUAUUACUUGAAUAAUGUCUCCUACUUUAGUGUGUUCAAUGAGUUCCUGGAGAUGGUCAUCCAGUACAGUUUUACCACAAUAUUUGUGGCAGCAUUUCCACUGGCACCUUUCCUGGCUUUGAUUAACAAUAUUUUUGAGAUUCGCCUGGAUGCCAUCAAAAUGACACGUUUGGAGAGGAGAUUGGUCCCACUUAAAACAAAUAAUAUAGGUAUUUGGUUACAGGUGCUGGAGGGCAUUGGAGUUUUGGCAGUGAUUUGCAAUGGAUUGGUAAUUGGUAUCACGUCUGACUUUAUACCCCGAUUGGUCUAUAAAUAUCGAUUUGGACCCUGUGCUUAUUCAAACGCCACAGAUAUUGACUGCAUGGUUGGGUAUGUUGAAAACAGCUUGUCUACAGUUAACUUAGAACAUCUGAACCCAAAACAUCUACAGAACAAUUCCGAUUUUGUUAAUCUCACCUACUGCAGAUAUAGGGAUUACAGAAGUGAAGAAGACUUUACUUUGACUGCUCAGUUUUGGGAAAUCUUUGCUGCACGUUUCGCUUUUGUACUUCUGUUUGAGCAUGUAGCAGUAGUAAUCAAAUUUAUUGCUGCUUGGUUUGUUCCGGAUGUCCCAAUGCAAGUGAAAAACAUUGACCUCAAUCACAAAUUUGCUAACCUAAAAAAAAGACUAUGCAUGAUGCCUCACAGGACAACAAGUUUAUGAUACUUCAGAAAAUGACAGUCCAUCUCAGUAUGAAGAGAAUAUACAGAAUACCAUAAAAGCCUUUUGUUGCUGCCAGUUUUAGUGCUCAACAGAUUUUACUUGCAAACUCUUGGUUACAGAAACAUUUCUGCCACCUGCAUUGUGAGUGAAGCCAAACACUCAUUAAGUACAGUUAGUGUCCAUCUGAUUUGCUUAAAUAUCAUUAUUAACAUAAUGAAUCUGUAUAUGCCAUGGGGGUAGUAAUCACAACAGGCAUAUUUGCACCCAGGCCAGCUGCUCUGUCCCGUCCCUUUAUACGUGUAUAUCAAAAAGAAGCAAGAUGACUAGACAUUGAUACAAGAUGCAGAAUGACUGCAUAUGUGACUGAAACAGUUCUUUGUUAAAAAAAGGAUUGUUGAAAACUUUUAAAUAUAACUUUCCCGUGCUGUUAAGCAAUACAAAAACUGUGAAGGGUAAUUGCACAGACUUUUUAAGAACUUGCCUUCUGCAAGUUGCAUUGAAUGUGAUGUUCCUAUAUUUUUCCCCUUUUAAAUGUUAGUUUCAUUAUUUUAAUCUUUUCACUGACAUUAACUUAUAAUAUUGUUUGUAACUUUUUUUUAUAAAGUGUACAUUUAAUUCUUUCAUGAAAUACAAAAUUUUCUACAGAGAAUAUUAAUUUUAUAUGAACUGACUUGUUUCACUGUACAAAUUGUAGCUUUCACAAAAUACUGUAAAUACUCUUAAGUGUAUAUGGUGUUACUUGUUUUUUUUAUAUAUAAUUUUAAGCUUUGACAUUUUCAUUUUGUUAUAUCUAUAAUGUGGAACCUAACACAUAUUUUAAAAUCAUAUACUUGUUUUAAAAAUGAUGACAAAAACUCUUUCAAUUUGAUACAUUUUAUUUCCUUACUAAGCUAACAUCACUAUAGUUUUCCAAAAUAUGUUGUAUAGAAGCAAUCCCUGAUAUAUAGUUCACUAGAUAAUAGCCCAGUUGAGCUGCACUUUUUAGUGUUUUCAGGUUGGGGAUGUUAAGAGAAGCACAAGAAAGAAAAUUAAACUUUUCGUGAUUUUUUUUGUAGGAAAUUCAUUUAGAAGAACAUAAAUCUGACUUACUGUAAGCACCACAAUGCCUUUAGUUUACUAGGUAUUCUAUACUGUGAUGACAUCAAUAUGUAGGAAUUUUAUAGGUAAAGCAACAAAUCAUUUCUUCAAGAUCUGUUGGAAAUGACAUUUAUCAAAUCCAGAUGAAAAGUAUCUGCAAUCUCCUAGUAGCACUGCAUGAUGUUACCUAUUGAAAUGUAUGAACAUUCUGUUUUCAUUAUAGGUCUUUUUAUUGCCACAUAAAAUUUGCAUAAGACUUUUUUUAAGCAUUUUGAAAAAGGUGGCAAUAUUGAGAUAUGUUUUACAGUUUACCUAAAAGGUACUGUUACAAUUUUCCUCAAAAAAUUUGAAAAUGCAUAAAAUGUUUACUCAGUUUUGCAAUUGUACAAAGCUGCUAAUGUACUUUUUGAAUUGCUGGUAUAUUUUAGAAAGCAAAGUGCACCCUUUCAUUCUCAUGGUAAGAGAAAUCCUAAAGUUUCUUGUUAGUCUUUAUUUUCCAAUUGUAGUGCAUUGUCACUUAAAACAGGAAAGUGUAACUUAUAUAGUCAUUAAAUUUGGUUUAUACCAGCCCUUCUUAUCGCCUCUUUUCUGACUCUCUUCUUUUUUACUCCUACUCCUGAAAAGUCUGCUGUGUGCACAGUGCACAAUGAAGAACUCAUUCUGCAUCACUUUACAAAUGAAUUGGCUUCUGAAAAAUGUAGUUUACAUUUAUUUUCCACAAAGUAGUAAGUCUCAGCCCUCCUGCUUUCAAACAUUCUCUGGAAAUCCCGGUUAAAGCUAUUGGACUAAGGACCACUUUCUGAUUUCUCUAGUUACUUGCUCUUAAUAGUUAAACUUACUCUUUAACAUUUUUGUACAAAUUUUUACUCAGAUAACCAAUUUAUUGUAACAAAGUUCAAAUACACAGUACAUCAGACUGAUACGUCUCUGGUGAAUAAAAUGAACACUGCUCUAGAUGGGUGAUGGAGGUUCAGUUACUGUAGAAAAGCCAUUGCUACUCUCACUUUAGAUACAGAGAGAUGGAAUUUUCUGUGUAUCUGUCAUACUUACUUUCCCCGGUUGUUGAAGUAAGAACAAUAAACAUUA